UCUCUCGCAGUUCUGACGCGCAGGCGCCAGUGUGUGGUUACCGCUUCUGUGGUACAGCCUCUUGACGAUAUAUAUUUGGAAAAAAAUACAUGUAAAUAUAAAUAUUUCAUAGUGUUUGAUGAGCUUGGUCAGUGGUGAUUUAAACAGAGCCAGAUCGAACACACUCCGUUUCAACAUUAAAUCAAACAAGUUUCAGUGCUGAUUGUAAGUCUAAGAGGAAGAGGAUGUUGGGGCGGUGUCGCCUGCGGCGCGGGGUCAGCCUCGAGGUCAUCGUGGAGGAGGACGACACGGCGGAGGUCACGCUGGACCCCACGCCGCUCCCGGAGGAGGACGAUGACGACGACGACGAAGAAGAGGAUAUCGACAGCGAGCAUGGCGCCAGAGGGUCGGCUCCCAGCUCCCCCCGGGGAAGAGGCGGCGAAGGAGGGGGGGAAGCCACGGCGGCGGAGGAGAGGAGGCGGAGGAGGGAGAGGCGGAGGACAAUUGGCGGGUUGUCAAGGAUACGAUCAGUGUCGUGUGAAGCCCUCACCCUCCUCGACACAAGCGACAUGGACAUGUGCUGCUCCGAGUGGGACGACGACGACGACCUGGCCACCACCAGCUCCAACUACGUCACGCUGAACCGCCCCAUCAGCCGCCGCCGCAUCCUGGAGAGCACGCAGACGCAGUGCGACUCGGAGGACUCGGGCAUCGAGUACCAAUCCAACGAGGACGAUCCCGCGCUUGAGGACCGAUCAAGCGCCGAGGAUCACUCUCGCGAGGACUCGAUGCCGGUCGACAUACAUGAAGCGGAAACCGCCACGGAGUCUGAGGGCGAGGAGGUGGAGGAGGAGCGCGAGGAGGAGGAGGAACGGGUCUCGAGCCCAAGUCCCUCGCAAGCCACACUUCCUGAGGAGGACACUUACCCGGGGCUCCCUCAGGGCCCCGAGGAAGGCGUCCUUCUCACCGGUACGUCAAAGAAGCAAGUGUUCGAGGGUCACGGGAUGCAGCCGGCCAAGCGGAACCAAACGACCACGCCGAAGUUCGCACCGACGGAAGCCCUCGAGAACGACAAGGUCGUGAUCGUGGAAACGACUCCUCCGGUGCCAAGCAGGAGGCCAGCGCAGCAUGAGGCCACGCUGGACCCGGCGGAGGAGGAGCUGCAGCUCAAGCGCGCCGCCUACACCAUCCGCAACAAGGAGGUGCGCCUGGCCGAGCUGCCCAAGCCGGACACCGUGCGCAGCGUGAAACAGCUGUUCGAGGAGGGCGGGCAGCCCCUGCAGCACCUGCACGCGUGGAGGGAUCUCGGUCGAUUCCGCGACAUCAAAUCGAAUCCGUCGAGCAAGAUCCUGCGCUUCGACAGGAGCGAGGGCGACUCCGGGCGGCGAGGUCACGGCCUCCGCGACGGAUCCCAAACGCUGCCGAGGCUGCCCAGCCACAGCGGCGCCAGGCUCAGCUCCAGCGCACCACGCCCGCAGCCCACCUCCGCGCCCCACCAGCUCCUGGCUGAGCUGCGGCGGCACCAACAGUCGCAGAAAGGCCUCGCCUCACCGCAGCCCCGCCCCGCCAGGGCGCCCGCAGCGCAUGGCGGCUCCGCCACGCCUUCCGUGGUGCUCAGGAAGCCCGUGGUGCGAGGUUUCAACGUCAAGAAGGCCCUUCUCGAGGACCCCAAGAGCUUCCUCCCCCACAGUCACGAGAGCAAGAAGAAGAGUGGCGGCGCGCCCGGCUCCGGCAAGGGCACGGCGUCACGCCGCCACAGCCACACGUACUCGCGGGAGAAGGCGCACCACCACAGUGACGUCAUCGACCGUUCGGACACGGAGUCGCUGGCGUCAGACCUCAGCGAUGACAGCGGCGUCAGCAACGACUCGACCGUCUCGUCGUCAGCGUCUACGUCAGCCACAUAUCGCGCCCUCGACGCCUACGCGGCGGACCCGAGCUUCAAGUGGAUCGACCCGUCCGUGAUGGCCAAGAUCCGGUCCGUGGGCACGACCGUGAUCUUCUUCGGGCCGCGCCCCCGCCCCCGCUCUCAGGACGGCGCGCUCGCCAAGGGCGCCUCUUCCACCUCCAGCGGCCUGCAGGCCUUCGGGGGGCUGUCCUCGGCCUCGAAGGGGAAGCAACGCGGGGGACCCUCCGUGCACUUCGACGACAUCACCAGAUCAGUGGCUGCAGCCCCUCGGAUCGUGGGCGUGGUGAGGAAACGCACGCCGAGCAGCAGUAGCACAGGCGGGUCGGGCCACCCUACGCCCACGCCCACGCCCACGCCAUCGGAGUUCCUCUCAGACGACUCGCGUGCCUCUUCACCAGGAGGGAGGAGCAGCGAGGAGGCGUCCGGGGGCAAGGCGGGGCGAUGGCGCGCCGAGGGGGACAACACCGUCGUCUACGACUUCACUCGCGGCCAUGCCCAGCCAGGGUGUGUUUGAGUCAACCACCGGCCGCCCGCUUUACAAUAUUCGGGCCAGCUGUGACUUAAAACUUGCACUUCAGCUGUGGCAACCACCCUGGCGAGAUGGCCGAGCCGCCAGCAGCAGCGGGGUAACGAUUUGUAUGGUGACCUUCCGCAGUAUUGUGAGAGUAAUUCACACUUGCGUUCUAUACUAAGGGUUGUAAAGGUAUAUCAUACGCACGCGUGCAUACACAUAAAGCAGAAAAAUACCCCCCCCCCCCCCCCGCCACAUCCAAAACACACACCACCGCUUCCCCCCCCCUCCCUUUCACAUUCAGCAUCCGAGCAGACAACGACCUCCAGGCCAAGAGAGCAAGUCUCCCGCCGCCGAGCAGAUGCCUGGCCGGCGCUUCACUUUGUGCAAUAAGCUUCCAAGCGACAUUAUGCCACAUGCCAACCCAUGCAUGGCCAGUCCCUACAUAGCUUUACGGGCCAACGAGAUAUGGUAACAUGAUUCUACACAGGCUAGCUUAAACCUUUUAGUAUUAAGCUAUUUUUUUCU